UCAUAACCCCUACGCCUCAUCUUUCAUCAAACUAUUCGCCGUUCGCUCCUCCCUCGCCGUCGAAGUCGAAGUCGAAGUCAUCAUGGCGCCGAAGAAGGAUAAGUUUCCGCCCCCGUCAUCGAAGCCGGCGAAAUCCGGUGGAAAGCAGAAGAAGAAGAAGUGGAGCAAGGGAAAGCAAAAGGAGAAGGUGAACAACAUGGUGUUGUUUGAUCAAGCUACUUAUGACAAGCUUCUCACUGAAGCUCCCAAGUUCAACCUCAUCACCCCUUCCAUCCUCUCUGACCGUAUGAGGCUAAAUGGGUCUCUUGCAAGGAGGGCCAUUAGGGAGCUAAUGGCUAAAGGUUUGAUCAGGAUGGUCGCUGCUCACUCGAGCCAGCAGAUCUACACCCGUGCCACCAACACCUAAGAUGUUUGGUUCUUGAUCUACACCAGAAACUCAUUAGAAUCUUUGUUUCUUAGUCCGUUUUUGAGAUAUAUGGCUAUUUAAAACC